GUUCUUGUGUUGUGUCUGGCUAAAACCCUCCCCUUUCGAUUCAUCUUCUUCUUUAAAUCCAAAAACAAAACCAAAAGAAAACAAUCAAAUCGAAUCCAUAAAAUUUGUACCUCUUAAUCCCAAAUGAGAGGAACUACAAUUGGAAGACGAAUCUAUAACCCCUGCAAUUUUCUCUCAAAUCCCACAUCCAAUCACGCCCCAACUUUCUUAUCCUCCUCCCCUUUCUCCACCUCCUCCGGCCGCGGCCGUGGCGCUGGGAAUGUUGGGUCUCCACCUGGUGGGCAAUCUGAAUACGGUGCAGCGGCACCAGGGAAGCCUGACUUGGACGAAUCGAAAACUGAGUCAUCUGAGUCACAGCCGAGUGGACUCGGUCAUGGAAGAGGCAAGCCAGUUGGCACAGGCCCAAUUCUUCCCGCCUUCUCCACUUUCAUUUCGUCUGUGAAAAACUCCCAACCUGGCGCUGGGCGGGGCCGAGGCACCACCGAGCCGGGACCGAGUCGAUCCACCGAGUCGCGUCCCGAGUCAGAACCUCCCAAGAAGGCCGAGGCCAAUCUGCCUCCUAGUAUUCUAUCAGGUCUUGGUGGUGCCGGACGUGGAAAGCCGGUUAAACAAGAGGUGCCCAUUGAGCCUGCUAAGGAAGAGAACAGGCAUCUCCGGGCCCGGAGCCAACCUCGGAGCCAGCCCCGGACCAGGCAGCAAAAAACCCCUGAUGGAGAUGAUGCUGUUCCAGCCACGACGAAAAUGGGCACGCAGGAGGCGGUGAAGAAGGCAAUGGAGUUAUUAUCACGCGGUGGUGGUGAAGGAGAGGUGGGGGGACGUGGAGGAGGGAGAGGGAGCUUUGUGCCUGGACGCGGAGGAGGGAGAGGUGGAGCUAGAGGUGGAGGUAGAGGUAGAGGUAGAGGAAGAAGGGGUUAUGGGGAUAAAGAGGUAGAAUAUGGGUCAGGGAUGUCUUUGGAGGGCCAUGAGGAAGAUGAAGAGAAGUUUGCUCAAAGUGUUGGUGUUGAGACUAUGAAUACAUUGGUUGAAGCUUUUGAGGAGAUGAGUGGAAGAGUGUUGCCUUGUCCCAUAGAGGAUGAAUAUGUGGAUGCCUUCGAUACCAACUGUUCGUUUGAGUUUGAGCCAGAGUACUUGAUGGGUGAGUUUGAUAAAAAUCCAGAUAUUGACGAGAAACCACCUAUGCCUCUUCGGGACGCACUGGAAAAGGUGAAGCCGUUCAUGAUGGCAUAUAUGGGAAUUAAGACUCAUGAAGAGUGGGAGGAAAUUGUUGAAGAAACGAUGAAGGAUGCCCCGUUAAUGAAAAAGAUUGUUGAUUCCUAUAGUGGACCUGAUAGAGUAAGUGGAAAGAAACAAAAGGAAGAGUUAGAAAGAGUUGCAAAAACUAUUCCUGCGAGUGCACCUGAUUCUGUAAAGAGUUUUGCUGAUCGUGCGGUUCUUUCUCUUCAGAGCAACCCUGGCUGGGGAUUCGACAAGAAAUGCAUGUUUAUGGAUAAGCUUGCAAAGGAGGUUUCUCAGCACUACAAAUAAGAUCAAGGCUUUUACAUCUCAGAACACUAAUCAUUUGUUGCAGGCUUUUCAAUGCCUGAAAUGAUGCCUUCUAGCGAAUCAGGACCAAAGAUUGAUCAAUAUUUUACCAUUUGUUCUAAACAAGCAGAACAUUCAAAAUAAUUUGUUCUGUAUGAUCUGGUGCUGCAGUGAGCCUGGCAAACAAUUCUUUUGAAUGCUUGCAUUAGAAAGUUUUGAAUCUAUGGAGUGAUAACUUUUUCUUCCUCUUCCCUUAA